UCUAUAUGUAAAAUAUUAGUGUUUGCUUGGAGACAAUCAAAACGAAAAGAAAAAAACAUGAAGUUAUCUGCAAUCUUCUUGGCUAUUUGUGUCUUAUUCUCCCUUCUCCCAAGCCACCUUUCAUUAGGUCUUUAUCUUUCUCCUGAAAUUUUUUACAGUUUUGCUUGCACAACUCCGGUUUACCCAAACCAGCUUGGUUUAACUCAUUUUUAUAUUUAUUUUGUUGAUGAAUUAGGUGAACCAAGCUUGAUCGCUACCGAGAAAAGGCAAUGGUGCCCGUUUAAAAAACAAAUGUUCAGAGGUUCAUGCUCAAAAGAUGGAGGACAACAAUGUCUAAAUGACUUAUUACGUACAUGGGAUCCAAGUGUAAGGCUCAGCCCAGUCUACUGCAAUUGCACCACUAAACCUAACAACAAGCGUCUCUGCAGUUGUCCUAACAUGAUUUGCCCCUAA